CACUUCCUCCCCGCCCCACGUGCUCCGCUUUGUGCCGGGCGCGCGGCCCCGCCGCCCCUUUCGCUUUCCCUUUCCCUCCCUCCCCUCCUUCCGGCUCCCCAUGGCGGCCUGGCUCAGCUUCAGGGCGGAGGACGACGAGGCGGAGGACGAGGCCUCCUUCUGGAGGUACGACUCCACCUGGGAGGAGGACGAGGACGAGGAAGACGAGGAGGAGGAGGAGGAGGAGGAGGAUGGCGCCGAGCAGGAGGCAACGAGGGAGGCUGCGGGCGAGCCGGCGGUGCCGAGCCGGGCGCGGGGCUCCCAGCAGACCCAGCCUGGAUGGUAUACUUUUGGGUUGAAGCUGCUAAAGUUUUUUUUCAGUAUCGAGGAGCGAAGAUCAAAUUCAUUACCGCUGUCUCAGUGGGAGUUUCAGGUCUCAGGCAGGCGCAACUGGAAUGCUGCAAGAGACUUACAGCGAUACAGACACUGUUACCCGGGUUUGGUAGAAUCAGAAAACGAGGAGGAAGAAGAGAUGUGGAACUUAAGUUUCUAUAAAAAUGAGAUUUCUUUUUUGCCCCAUGGCUUGCAUAUUGAAGAUCUGCUUGAAUCUUGGUGGGACAACUACGAAAUUCUUGAAGAAAACCAUUCUUACAUACAGUGGCUCUUCCCUUUACGUGAACACGGGAUGAACCGGCGUGCCAAACCACUCACCUGUCACGAAAUCCAGGCUUUUAAGAAGUCCAAGGAAGUUAUGCAAAGGUUUGUCCGUGCUUAUCAGCUCAUGCUGAGAUUUUACGGAAUUGUUCUGAUCAACGAGAAAACUGGAGAACUUAAGAGAGCGGCGAACUGGGCUGAGCGGUUCCAAAACCUGAACCGGUUUAGCCACAACAACUUGCGGAUUACGCGCAUCCUGAAGUGCCUGGGGGAGAUGGGAUAUGAACACUAUCAAGUGCACUUGGUAAAGUUUUUCCUAACAGAAACUCUUGUUAAGGAAAUGCUACCAAAUGUUAAGAGAAGUGCCUUGGAUUACUUCCUGUUCACCAUCAGGAGCAAACGGAAGAGAAGAAAACUGGUGCACUACGCUUGGCAGCACUUCAAACCUCAAAGCAGCUUUGUAUGGGGACCGCAUGACAAACUGUUGAAGUACAAAUCACGCUUAACCAAGUCACAGCCGCAGCAAAAGGCUGAAGAGAAACAGGAAUCUCCUGGUGAAAAGUGUGAUGGUUCUGAGGAAGGUGAUCAGAACCAAUCUCUAGAGGAAGAACAAAAAACUGGAGAUGCUGCAGACUUGCAGGCAAAAGUGAGUGAUGAAGAUGUAAAAGAGAAGUUAAGUGAACGCGUAUCAAAGGGAGGGGAUGGUGAAGAGGAGAAGGAGGCUUCAUCUACCCAACAGGAGGAGAAGGAUAUAAACAGUGAGGCUGAGGAAGUGCAAGGUGCGACAGAGAAUGAUUGCACGAAAGAGAGCAAGAAGAGAAAACUGGAUAGAAAUAUGGCAGACACUAAAAAGACUGGACCCUUGAAAAGCCCUACUGAUAUUGAGAACAUUUCCCGUAAUCUGGGAGAAUGUGCAAUUGAUGCAGAAUUCCCUUCCUCAGAUCCACUCUUCCAAGCAGAAGAGGACCAGGAGACACCGAAAGAAGACGGUGCAAGCACCAAAGACUCAACAGGGCCAGAGACCACUGAUGCUGCUGUAAAACGGAGGAAAGUCGAUACAAGAACAUCAAGAGGCAAAACAUCCAACUUGGCCAUAAACCUGAGCAUGGGGCCACCUGUCUCCAGUGCCCAGUUAAAUCCAUCUGUUGCAGACACUGAGGAAACAGAAAGUGUCGGUGAGGAAAAUGCAGCUGUGGAAGCAACAAGUGAGAAGGGAGGUGGUGAUGCAGAUGAUGGGGCUGUGAGACCCUCAGCUGGUUCCACACUCCCCAAGGCUGGCUGUACUCCAAUGAGUGAUGGCUUAAAGUCGAAUGGAGAUGAAGUCACAGCAAGGAGCGAUCAGGAUCACUGCGACAGCAGACUCAUGGGAGACAAAAGUGAAGUAGAUGUGGUAGAACAGUAUAAAAAAGCAGAAAAUACAGUUGGAAAAGGACAAGCAGAAGUCACAAGCAAGAAUGAAGUUCCAGAGAGUCUUGAGCAGAGCAUGGCACCCACUUGUCCUAAGGAAGACAGUGCUGAGGUCACAACAAAGAAACCUGAAGGUUCUGAGCUUGCAGUAGAACCUGACGCAGAGCAAGCAGCAGCGGAGUGAGACUGGAGUGCAAGCACUCAAGCAAGUGGAGAUGACCCUGCCCUAACUGCGAGGAGCCAGCAUUAGUGAUUUGCACCGCCGAGGUACAGGGAAGAAUAAACUUUGGGCUGAUCCAGGCUAACCCCUCUCUGGCUUUCAUUUUUUCCAUGCUUUUUUAAUCAUCUGUAGCAACCACUGAGACCCAGCCCUUGGUCAUCCUAAAGAGGAAAACUCAAAUUUAGUCAUCUUCCUGGAGGGGCUGUGUCCUGUUCCUGUUUUUUAUCUGAAUAUUCAGGACUGUCUUGGAGUAAGGGGGGAUUUUGCACUUUGCUUUGGUUCUGGUAUGUCCCUUCUUAAAGACAAGAGCAAAACUAAUCUGUUUCCCUGUUUGAACCAGUCAAGUAUUUAUUAAAUACAUGAUUUUUAAUGUAAGACAGCAUGACCUAAUUUACCAUCAUUUUUAUUACCAUAUAAGUUCUAUUUGUUAUUUCGAAAGGCUGUACCUUCCCAGGAGAUUUAUUCCUGGCAAGCAAAGGUGCUGUGCGUCUGCUUCCUAGAGGAUAGAUCCUUAUUUUUGUGGCGUUUGCCUCAAAGAGAUGAGUAUGUGUGUUUCGCAUCAUGUAAGACUGUACUUGUCUCCUCCAUUAAAGAAAGUAGGUUUGAUUUUAGACUGGGAUAAAACACAUAGUCAAACUGUAUAUCUGACCUGUGUUAACCUUUGUGUACAGAUCCUGUUCUCUGGGCUACAAAGUGAUGGUUAAUUUGUUCUGUUUACCCCCUGCAGAAGUUGCUUUGUAGCGCUUGUUAGAAUUGAGAAUAUGAAUUGCCUAUUGAUUUCUAAGAGAAAAACCUUCAGCCUUUUUGUGAAGCUGUCUAGAGCUUUUCUUCCCCAGGUUUUUCCACCUUUUUCAGACCCUGGAUAGUCUUCCACAAAUAUUUAUGCCCACUGCUGGUUCAACAGCCUGCCUUCCUUCCUCAGCUGCUAAAAUUGAACCAAUAUUUGUCGUCGCAUCUUUUUGAGCUCUGCUGUGCUGCAGUUUCCUGUGGGGCUCUGUUUUCUGCAGGCCCGUGAUGUGAAGUUCAACAUGUCAGAUUGAACCCUCUUCCUCGUUAGGGCAGGAUUGUUUGGCCAUUAAUGACCAGCAUGUCAGGUAGUGAGGGUAUGUUUGAGCGCAGCAUGUCUGGAAACCACUGGCCUUUGUGGGGCAGUUAAUUCAAACUGGAAUCGGAGGGGGUACGCUUGUCUGGUUCAUUUAUUUACAGUCCUCAAGAAUUUACUUUCAGACCUUGCCAGCUCUUUGCCUGCCUUAAUGUUCCCAAGCUCCCCGUUAGCUCUUCUGCUUGACUUACGCAGCAUUCACCCAAAUCUGAAGGAGCAUUAAACCAUUUAGCACUUUUGCUCCUAGAGGUUUACAGCAGAGGAACCGUUUCAUGAACCAGAGGAAAGUGUUUCCAACUGCCACAAGGUCUGGACUUGCUGUUUGCUCAGAUGGUUUGGUUUAGUUUGGGGGUUUUUAGGUGUUGCUUGUUUUGUUUAGGAGACAGUUGGAGGCUUGCUCACCUUGCCAGGGAGCUGAUGCAGUAGCCCGUGCAAUGCUGAUGUUUUUCCUCUCUGCUGCUGCUCUUAAGAAGAUUCAUCCUUCAAGGAAUUUGAUCCAUGACUUGCCUUCCCAGACUGUAGGUCCUGAUCCAGCACGCCACUUGUGUGGGAAUGAAAGUCUGAGAGCUUAGCAUCUAACAUUCGUGGUCACACACGUGCUGGAGAAAGGCUUUAACAGUUUUAAAAUAAUCCUAUUUUUUCCUGGUUUUGUUUUUCUUAUGAACAAAUGGAGUUAAAUAGCCAAUAAGAAUACACUUAGUGACAGACACAAAUACUUGAAGAGGUUGGGUGAGAGUUCUUUCAUAAAAGAUUCAUAGAAAUUGUUAAUUAUGGCUUUUGUACAGAUUUGUAAUAAUUUUCUUAUUUAAUGAAUUUUUCAUUGUAAGUCUGUGCUUGGUGGGGGCACAGACCAUAUAUCUUGUUAUGGUGAUGUGUGGUUUGGUUUUGUGUUUAAUGGGAUUUCACUGUGAGUCCUGGUCUGGAGUGCUGGAACCAAACUGUUCCCUGUCCUGAUCAGGGUUAGAGUUUUGGCUGUAGGUGUUCGCAGUGAGUUCGCAGGGUGUUUUCCAGCACUUGAAGCUGUAUCGUUAAUGUCACCUAUUAAAGCAUGACUUCAGUGCAUACCAGUUUCCACCUUUUUUUUUGUCAUCUUUGAGGGCAGGAGGUGUCCACCUGCCCCACCACCCCUCCCUGUAGCCACCCCUUGUCUGGGUGCCUCCAAUGAGUGGGUGCCUGGUGCUGUCCCACAUUCCCAAGCAGAUAUCUGGUGGCCUCACCUUGGAUCCGUAUGGAGACGAUGCUCAGUCUUCCUCCACUGCUGUAAACAUGGCCAGUGAAUCUGUGAGCAAAAGACACCCCCUCGCAUGCUUCUUGUUGAAUGAUGUGCUUUGAAAUGUUUCAGCGUGUCCUGUCCUGGCUUUCUGCUGGUGUCCUCCCAAACAUGUGAUGUGAUGCUCUGUGGAACAAAGGACUUUGCUUUGGAGUAGCUCUCUGGGCUGGCAGACAGGCGGGAUGCUGCCCAGCCUGCGUGUGGGGCUUCCGACUCGUGGGCCUUUUUCUUCUGGACAGGAGCACGAGAGUGUCUG